AUGGCUCCCGCCACGAAACGGAACAACAGUUCCCUUCCCUCAGGAUAUGUCGAGGAUAAGUCCAAGGGCCCCAUGUUGAGGUUCCAGGACUCUCUGCCCCGGCUACCCGUACCUACGCUCGAGGAGACAGCCGCGCGCUAUGUCAAGACACUACACCCCCUUCUCUCCGAGUCCGAGUUCGCCGCCAGCAAAAAGGCCGUUGAAGAGUUCGUUAAGCCCGGUGGCGUCGGCAGCAAACUUCAAGAGAAGCUGCUGGCCCGCAGAGAAGACCCUGCCCACCGAAACUGGCUGUACGAGUGGUGGAACGACGCAGCAUACCUGAGCUAUAGAGACCCUGUCGUGCCCUACGUCAGCUACUUCUACUCCCACCGCGAUGACCGGAGAAGGAGAAAUCCCGCCAAGAGAGCCGCCGCCAUCACAUCUUCUGUCCUUGAGUUCAAGAAACAGGUUGAUGACGGUACCCUCGAGCCCGAAUACAUGAAGAGACUGCCCAUCUGCAUGGACAGCUACAAGUGGAUGUUCAACACAAGCCGUGUCGCCGCAAAGCCCGCCGACUACCCAGUCAAGUUCUCCCACAAGGAUCACAAGUACAUAAUCGCCAUCCGCAAGAACCAGAUCUUCAAGAUUCUGCACGAGGUCGAUGGCAAGCAGCUCAACGCGUCAGAACUCGAGCAGCAGUUCAACAAGGUCUAUGAGCUGGCCCAGAGAGUCCCUGCCGUUGGUGCCCUGACCAGUGAGAAUCGCGACGUCUGGGCCGAUGCGCGCGAGAUCUUGCUCAAGGCUAGCCCCAAGAACGCUGCUGCGCUGGAGACCAUCGAAGCGUCUUCCUUUGUUGUCUGCCUUGAUGACGCCUCCCCCGUUACCCUCGAAGAGCGUGCGCGCCAAUACUGGCACGGAGAUGGCGCUAACCGUUGGUACGACAAGCCGUGCCAGUUCAUCGUCAACGACAAUGCUACCUCCGGCUUCAUGGGAGAACACUCCAUGAUGGACGGAACCCCUACACACCGUCUCAACGACUUCAUCAACGACCUCAUCUUCAAUAACAAGAUCGACCUCUCCGACCCAUCCAUUCGCUCCAACCUGCCGGACCCUCAAAUUGUCAAGUUCGAAAUCACCAAGGAAGUCCAGGCCGAGAUUGACCGCGCAAGGAAAGAUUUCCACGAUGUCAUCAGCCAGCACGAGCUUGCCGUCCAGGCCUACCAGGGCUACGGCAAGGGCCUGAUCAAAAAGUUCAAGUGCUCGCCCGAUGCCUACGUUCAAAUGGUCAUCCAGCUGGCCUAUCACAAGAUGUACGGCAAGAACCGCCCUACGUACGAGUCGGCCGCUACCCGCCGCUUCCAACAGGGUCGCACCGAGACGUGCAGGACCGUGUCGGAUUCGUCCGUUGCUUGGUGCAACGCCAUGGCCGACCCCAACGUUGAAGACAAGGACAAGGUCGACUUGUUCCGCCAGGCCAUUGACUCCCAUCUCGAGUACAUUACCGCUGCUUCGGAUGGCAAGGGCGUUGACAGACACUUGUUCGGCCUGAAGAAGCUUCUGGAACCUGGCCAAGAGCUGCCGGCCAUCUAUCAAGACCCUGCCUUCACGUACUCGUCAUCUUGGUACCUUUCGUCUUCGCAGCUUAGCUCCGAGUACUUCAACGGCUACGGAUGGAGCCAGGUCAUUGACGGCGGAUUCGGCAUAGCCUACAUGAUCAAUGAGAAUAGCAUCAACUUCAACGUCGUCUCCAAGGGUCUUGGCAGCCAGCGCAUGAGCUUCUUCCUCAACGAGGCCGCGGGCGAUAUGCGCGACCUGCUCAUGCCCACCAUCAAGCCGGCAAAGGCCAAGCUGUAA